UCUGACAGUGGUUCAGCUCCUGAUGGAAGAGCAAAACGUUAUCACAGAGGUCCCGGCAGCCCUAAAACAAUUGGCCAAAUACAUAGUGCGUGGCUUCUAUGGAGCAGAGCACUCCCUGGCCCUUGAUCUGCUGAUCCGCUACCCCUGCAUCAAAGAGGAUGACCUGUUACAGCUGCUCAAGUACGAACGUAAGCAACUGCGUGUUAUCCUCAAUACGCUCAAGGCAGACAAGUUUGUGAAGCUGCGUAUGCGAGUUGAAACAGGGCCUAAUGGGAAGAGCACAAGACACAAUUACUAUUACAUCAACUACAAGGUGCUGGUGGAUGUGAUAAAAUACAAAAUGGAUCAUAUACGCCGCAAAAUAGAAGCGAAUGAGCGGAAUUCAACUACCAGGUUCUCUUUUAAAUGUCCGUCUUGCUCCAGCACUUACACGGACCUUGAGGUCAAUCAGCUCUUUGAUGUAUUUACAGAGACUUUCCAUUGCACUUACUGCAACACUGAAGUAGAGGAAGAUGCCUCAGCACUUCUGAAGCGCGACACUCAAACCUUGCUAGCGAAAUUCAAUGAGCAGAUGGAACCUGUCUUUGUGCUGUUGCGUGAAACUGAAGACAUUGCUCUGCCAUAUGAGUUGCUGGAACCGCAGCCAACAGAAAUACCAGAAUUGUCAGGAAGCUUUGAUCAGAAGGUGGGUUCAAGUGCGCUGAAAUCCUGCAGCCAACCUGAGAAACGGGCCAGCAGGCGUUCCUCUUACAGCAAUAUGUACACUCAAAACUUCGUUAUUGAUGUCCAAGACUCUGAGCACAAGAAGAAAAUGAGAGAAAAACCAACUAAGAAGCAACCUAUCUGGAUGUCACAGAGCACUGUGGAAGGAGCAACAAGAACCGCCAACAACAGUGUUGCAGUAAAUGCCUCUGAAGAAACUGAAGAAAGUGGUAAAGAAACUGUCAUUGAUAAUGAAAUCCUCAAGACUCUUCUGUUCCAUGAACCCAAGCUGUCAUCUAGCACAGACAAGGCUCCUGUUGACAAAAGCAAACCACCAUCAGGCAGUGAUGUUAGUGAGUCUGAAGGUGAUGCCAAGCACUCAAGAGCAGCAGGAAUGGAAGUAGCAGGCAGCAACUUUGAACAAGAGCAGGAAGAACAGGAAACACAAGGUCCUAUUUUAAUGGUAGCUGGUCAGCCUCAUUCAUAUGGUGAAGUUAAUGAAAAUCCAGAACUUGUGUCUCUAAUGACAAAUGAAGAGAGGGAAAAGUAUAUUAAAGUAGGGCAAGAAAUGUUCCAGUCUGUCUUUGAAUAAAUACGGCAGUGUGAACACGCGAAUUUGUGUAGGAGGGGUAAAGACUUCUUUUGAAAUAAGACAGUCUAUUAGUUUAACUUAUGUUCUUCAAAAUUUACCACCAAAGGGUGGUUGUGUUUGAAUUCCUUGCUCUUAUGUAAGAUUCUAAACCUAUAGUAGGUGACCACAGCUCAAAAUGCUAGCAUUGGAGCAAAAGCCACCCAAAGUUAUUAGGGGUUUUCUGUUGUCUUAAUGCUUAGACUUUGUGAGUGCUGCAAUUAGUUUUGGAGCAUGAAUAAUUUUGCAGUA